CGUCUAGAAUCUUGCAAUACUUCGGCUCAGAGCUUGUAACGCUUCGGAGGUGCUCCGAUCCGCUCAGAAAUUCGCGUUCUUUUUUAGUGAGCGGUGGUGCGAUAAAAUUUGGAUUGCGAAUUGAUCCACAAAUAAAUUCGAAAUAAAACAACUGAAUUGUUUAAACCUCAAGUUAAGUGGCCUUUAGUGACGUCUUUGAGGUGCGGUUAAUGGGAUCGUUAACGGGAAUGCAUAUAUUAUUCUGGUUCUUGCUCCUCGGCCCAGCGGGAACUCUUGUGGCUGGUCAGUAUUUCGCCUAUGCUCCUGGCAAGUGCGAGGUAUCCAUUUCAGAUGUCAUCCAGGGCAUGGUCUCCACCGAGCUGGGCAUUAUCCUGGGAACCCGUCCCCGCCUGCCCCAGUCCAAGCUGCUCCAGUACGAUCUCUACACUCCCCUGAAUCCCGAGGAGCGGCAGCUCCUCCGUCCGGGGGACGUCAGCAUGCUGAAGAACUCGCACUUCAACCCAAAAUGGCCUGUGAGAGUUUCCAUUCAUGGUUGGGCGGGUAAGAGCACCAGCUGCUCCAACGCCGCCAUUAAAGAUGCCUACUUGUCGAGAGGCAACUUCAAUGUGAUCAUCCUGGACUGGAGCCGCCAGGCUCUGGACAUAAGCUAUCCUCGAGUAUCCAAGCAGCUGCCCGCGAUAGCCGCCAACGUGGCCAAGAUGCUGCGGUUCCUCCACGAGAACACAGGAGUGCCCUACGAGCAGAUCUACCUGGUGGGGCACAGCGCGGGAAGCCACAUAUCCGGACUGACGGGGAAAAUGAUGAGGCCCCAGCGACUGGGCGCCAUUUUUGCUCUGGAUCCGGCAGGUCUAACCCAACUAAGCUUGGGUCCCGAGGAUCGACUGGCCCCGGACGAUGCAAUUUACGUGGAGUCCAUUCACACUGAUCUGACGCUUUUGGGGAAUCCCAGUACCAAGAUCAGCCAGGCCUCCUUCUUCGCCAACUGGGGCCUGGGGCAGCCGCACUGUCCCAACGCCACGGCCACGGAGUUCGACUUUGUGUGCGACCACUUUGCGGCAAUGUUCUACUUUGCCGAGUCAGUGCGUCGUCCCAAGUCGUUCCCCGCCGUCCGCUGCGGAUCUGCAAAGGCGGUCCACACCGCCACCUGCAGCUGCCCGGGCGGCAGUCGAACGUGCACCGGCGACGAGUUCAUGGGCGGCGAGCCGGCCAUACCCCGGAGAGGUAUCUUCUACCUGAGCACGCGACGGCGCAUGCCAUACGGCUCCGGCGACGGUCAAGUCUACAUCCAACCGCCGAUACCGUCCACCAUUCGGGAGACGGCGAAGCGGCGGCGGCGGCUGCGGUAACUCCGCAGCUAAUGAAUUCUAUGGCAGCAGACCAAAAAUUGAUUUAUCUAGAUGUUUAAGCUGUGGCAUUAGGCCGUCCAAAGAAUGCGAAUAAAAUAAUGCGUAAGCAACUGAA